AUACUCUUCCUUUCGGGAUGGGGUUUUUCUAUUCUAGCACCUCAGUAACCUCCACCAAAGUGGCUGUGAACGGUGUCCACCUGCAUUACCAGCGGACCGGAGAGGGCGAGCAUGCCGUCCUGCUGCUUCCUGGAAUGUUGGGAAGUGGAGAGACUGAUUUUGGACCUCAGAUUAAAAACCUAAAUAAGAAGCUCUUCACAGUGGUCGCUUGGGAUCCUCGAGGAUAUGGACAUUCCAGACCCCCAGAUCGAGAUUUCCCAGGGGACUUUUUUGAAAGGGAUGCAAAAGACGCUGUUGAUUUGAUGAAGACGCUGAAGUUUAAGAAGAUCUCUUUGCUGGGGUGGAGUGAUGGUGGUAUAACAGCCCUCAUUGCAGCUGCAAAAUACCCAUCUUACAUCCAUAAGAUAGUGAUUUGGGGGGCUAACGCCUAUGUGACUGAGGAAGAUGAGAUGAUUUAUCAGGGUAUCCGAGAUGUUUCUAAGUGGAGUGAGAAAGCAAAAAAGCCUCUAGAAACCCUAUAUGGGUAUGACUACUUUGCAAAAACCUGUGAAAAGUGGGUGGAUGGCAUAAAACAGUUUAAACAUCUUCCGGAUGGUAAUAUCUGUCGGCACUUGCUGCCCCUGGUUCAGUGCCCCACCUUAAUCGUGCAUGGUGAGAAGGACCCCCUAGUCCCGCGUUUUCAUGCUGACUUCAUCCACCAGCACGUGAGAGGGUCACGGUUGCAUCUGAUGCCAGAAGGCAAACACAACCUCCAUUUACGUUUUGCAAAUGAAUUCAACAAGUUAGUAGAAGACUUCUUACAAUGAAAGUGUCCCCGAGAAUCUGAGCUGGGCUGCCUGGGCUUCAGCUGCUGCUGCCUCUGCAACCCACCCUGUGGCACACCUCCCUGCACCUGCCCUCCAGUUUCCAGCUCCUCCUUCCACUACUUCUUAACAUUAAGUUGUGAAUUUCUGCCAUUGUCUUAAAUAAGUUCCUGUCAUGAUUUACUUUAUUUGCGAAUAAAUCUUAGAUGAGCA